UAUAAGCUGAAAAUGAAAAAGUAUAGCACUUUCUGCAAUACUUGCAAAAUUCCAUUUCUGCGCGAUCUUGAAACUUUUAAAGAGCAUCAAGCAUUAGUAAUAUAUCUGGAGGAGGCUGGAUUGAAUGUUACUGAUUACAUCAAAACAUUUCAUAAGACUAUUGGCAUGGAGGAUUAUGUGCCGCCUAAAAUAGAAAGCAUUUUCAAAUCUCAAAUUGAAAUACAAAAGAUUGAUGAUGGGAUAAAAGGAUUGUUAGAGGAUCUUUAUAAUUUAAUACCUUUUGAUAAGGUUCAAGCUCUUUACAAUGAGAAAUUGCAGAAUUCCAAGGUCUUUGUCGAUUUCAUCUGGAAGAUAAAAUCUCCGGAAAUGUAGAAAUUAAUCAAUGAUCUGUAUGUAAAUCAAACUUUUAAAAAUUUUAUGAUGA